AUGCUUGGAGUUUGCGAAAGUUGCGCCAACGAGCUGGUGGAACAUUGUGUUAUGCAAUGCCGUGGAUUCUGUUCAGCGCGGUUCUGCUUCCGUUGUGCCAGUGUGGACGAGGCCUUAUUGGAGUCUGUCGGUAGAUGUAGACAGAUGUAUUGGAUGUGUCACGCGUGCAGCAAAAUGAUGGAAAAUGCACGCUUCCGCAAUGCGUUGAUUUCCACAAAUGUUGCAAAUGACCUCGUAAUCGAAAAAUUCAAGGAUGAUAUCCGCACCGAAGUGUUGAAUGAGAUUAGAAAGGAACUUUACUCUAAUUUCAAUAAACUCAUCGAUGCUGUUCCAAAAACGCCCAUUCCACCCGCAGGCCGUAACCCGUUUUACUUUGAAUCUAAUAGUAAACGUGGUAGAGAGGAAGAUCGCACACCAUUCCGGCCGGCUAAACUACUGCGAGGUAACGACCGCAGUGCCCCAGGUGCCUCCGAUUUAAACAAUCAGAAUUCCAAUAAUGAUAAGUUCUGGUUGUAUCUAUCGGGUAUCUCCCCGAAGGCUCCAGAUGAUUCAGUCCUUGGCCUUGUCAAAGAAAGGUUGGAGACCGAAAAUGUUAAAAUCGUGAAACUUGUACCUCGGGGCAGAGAUCUGUCAUCGUUGAACUUCGUCUCGUUUAAAGUUGAAUUGCCUGCCCAUAUGAAGUCGAGAGCAAUGACAACCAAUACUUGGCCGGUUGGUAUAGUAUUCCGCGAAUUCGAGGACAAGUCCAGAGAGCGAAGGGUUUUUUGGCAGCCUCCUGCGACGGUACCGAAUACGGACACGGUAGACAUAACCGAGGUAACAGCGGAAUCUACUGCCCAAUCGUCCCUGGUAGCUCUAGUAUAA